AUGUCAGAAGACAUGAAUCUAUCAAUAAAUGGCCAGUUUCAGGUCCCUCCGGGUUUUAGAUUCCAUCCCACAGAAGAAGAGCUUCUUCACUAUUACCUCAGAAAGAAAGUAGCUCAUGAAAAGAUUGACCUCGAUGUGAUUCCUGAAGUUGAUCUUAACAAGCUUGAGCCCUGGGAUAUUCAAGAAAAGUGCAAAAUAGGAUCCACCCCACAAAAUGAUUGGUAUUUCUUCAGCCAAAAGGAUAAAAAAUACCCAACGGGGACCAGAACUAAUCGUGCAACGGCUGCCGGAUUCUGGAAAGCUACUGGACGUGAUAAGAUCAUAAAUAGUAGCUUUAGAAGUAUUGGGUUGAGGAAGACAUUGGUGUUUUAUAAAGGAAGAGCUCCACAUGGUCAAAAAUCUGAUUGGAUUAUGCAUGAGUACAGGCUUGAAGAUAACAACACCACCCUUGACUCUAAUGCUUCCAAUCCAAUUGGAGAAUGUAUGGCUGAAGAAGGUUGGGUGGUGUGUCGUAUAUUUAGAAAGAAGAAUUAUCAGAAAACCCUAGAGAGUCCAAAAAGCUCAGGCAACGAUGGGGAACUAGAUCAGAUUUUCAUGCAUAUGGGAAGGACAUGCAAGAUGGAGAAUGAUUCAUUGAACAACUUGAACAUACCCAACAACAGCAACUAUAAUCUAAGAAUGCUUGUUGCAGGAAUCAACGAUGGAUUGAAUGAAAGUUUCAUGCAUCUCCCAAGGCUGGAGAGCCCAGUUCUCCCUUCUCUACCGAUGAAUAAUCUGACUGAUACUGAACCAUCUUCAAUCAACCAAGGGGCCGGUGGCGGUGAUCAUCACACUUUUUCAUCAGUCGAGAGCAAUAAUGAGUCCAUAAAUGGCGUUAAUGACUGGGUCACCCUGGACCGACUUGUGGCAUCCCAGCUAAAUGGUCAAGUAGAGACAAGCAAGCAACUAUCCUGUUUUAGUGACCCUAAUGCGGUUUUCAGUCUCUGUCGCGAUGAUGAUAUUCAAUUAUCGAUCAUAAAUUUGGACAGAUCAAAUCAAAACUCACAGGUCUACAGUGAGGAGAAUGAUCUAUUGAGCUUGACCAAGUCAUCGUCACAGCCGUCAUCAUCGGAUCCCUUGUGCCAUCUGUCGGUGUAA